AUGAAGUUCUCUUUCACCGUUGCUGCCUCUGCCCUGGCCUCGAGCGCCACUGCUUCCAUUGUCUCCAUUCAGGUUCCGCAGACGAUUGCCGUGGGCAAGACAAUUCCGGUGAAGCUCGUCAACAACAUUGACCAGUCGACUACCUACCAGACCAGCAUCACUUUUGGUCUUGGAACAAGGCCUCAGGACCCCAAGAUCGUGAUUGGCUCACCGAUAUCGUCCAUUUAUCUGCAGGACGGGACUAUGCCUGCUGCGCCUUUUACAAGAAACAUGACGGUGUCGGACUGGGCGUGGGGUAGGGAGGGAAAAUUUGGUAUUCGUGCUGCCAUCUUUGGCGCUUAUGGUGUCACUGGAGGCAUUGGUACCGCGGUAUAUGGUGCCGAGGUUACGGUCGGCGAUGAGGUCAGCGACGAUUAUGUUGAGCUCCAGUAUGUAGAGUGA